CUUCCUCUUAACCCCCUGCAGCUGCAUUGUCUUCUUCUCAAUCUCUACUUUUUUACAUGUUUCACGCUGUUCAACUCAGUAACUGGUACUUAAGUUCUGUACAUUUCUUAAAAUUUUCAACUUGUGUAGGAUAAUGGGCCAUUAAUUUUCUUUGAUGAUGUUAAUUGUGAUGUGAUUAAAUGAGGUGAUGAUUCUGCUCAUCUUGUAUUUCUGGGUGUUGGGUAGUUUUGUUUUUUGGCUCAAUUGGUGUCUUUCAGCAGCUGGGUUUUUGGCCUUGGGUGUUUUUCUUAGUUAUUUGAUGAUCAUAAUUAGUGUUUCUGAAACACUAACUGUGGGUUUUCAUCUUCUGGUAAAGUAUCUAGUCCCUUUUUUACUUUUUAAUUUUCUUUCAUUUUUCUUCUUCUGACUAAAAGGGAAUGGAGAUUUUGUUGCCUAUUGCCCUUUCUCUAUGUUUUUUUGAAAUUUACAUGUUUUCCAUUUAUUUCGUGCGAAUAAGAUCAUUUGGAUCUGUUUCUACACAUGGCUUUUUAAUUGGUUAUAUGCUUUUCUUAGGCUGGAAGAAGUGAGAUGAGAUGGAAGAAGAAUGCAAGUUGAGGAGGUGGGAUGAGUUAAUUCCUGAUGCACUUGGGCUAAUCUUCAAGAAUCUUUCACUUCAGGAGAUACUUACUGUAAUCCCCAGAGUCUGCAAAUCAUGGGGAGCAGCAGUGGCUGGACCUUACUGUUGGCAGGAGAUUGACAUUGAACAAUGGAGCCAAAACUGCCCUCCCGAGACUCUUGAUCGAGUGCUUAGAAUGUUGAUUACUAAAAGCUCUGGUUCACUCCGCAAGCUCUGCGUUACUGGGCUCUCAAGCCAGCAGAGUUUUUCUUUCAUUGCAGACCAUGCCAAAUCUCUUCAGAUUUUACGGCUGCCAAGAAGUGAAAUAAGUGAUUCAAUAGUGGAAGAGGUUGCCGGGAGGCUUUCUUCAAUAACUUUCUUGGAUCUAAGCUACUGCAGAAACAUUGGAGCACCAGCCCUUGAAGUCAUUGGGAAGCACUGCAAGUCUCUUGCUUGGUUGAGGAGAACAAUGCACCCAUUAGAGGUGGCUGAAAAGCUGUCUCAAGAUGAUGAGGCCUCUGCCAUUGCAGCAACAAUGCCGAAGCUCAAGCAGCUUGAGGUGGCUUACCUGCUCAUCAGCACCGAAGGUGUUCUCAAGAUAUUGGGAAGCUGCCCUGAACUUGAGUUACUAGAUAUGCGAGGAUGUUGGAACGUGAAACUUGAUGACAACUUCUUAAAGAAGUUCUCGAGGUUGAAGGUGGUUGGGCCUUCUGUUGUAGACUAUUUAGGGAUGAAAGGCUUGGAUAAUUGUUCCAGUUACUCGGGUUCCUCUGGUUACUUACCUUGGGACUUUGUUGCUGGUGAAAUGGAUGAUUAUUUAGAUGAUGAGUUACCAGAAGGGGAUUGGGAUGAUGACCAGAGCAUGGAGGAUGUAGAAAUGAGGUUCUACAACCGUUUUGAUUUUGAAGACACAGCAUUUGACUGGCCCCUCUCUCCUUAAUUGAAUGUUUGCCUGCUAAAAGUCUUCAUUCCAGUUCAUAUAAGGGUUAACAAGCUGUACUAGCAAACUCUAAUCUUAUCUCUGGCCUAUGCAAUGUAUAAUCUGCUGUGUUUUUGAUGUAGGUAUAUAAGGAAAAGCCAAUCUGUUAUGUGUAGGCAUACAAAUGUUUGUUGUGUGUGAUUAGGCAUGUCAAACUGCAUUAACCCUAACAAUAAUUAUGAAAUGAAAGUGUGGGUGUGUUUGUCAACUUACAUGACCCAUUGGAGAGACUUGUUUUUUGAGAUUAAAGGGAACUUCUUGAA